AUGGCUCACGUUAGCACGGUGUCGAUUCGGAGCAUACGCAGCCCACCAUACGCAAUUUUCCAAGCUCCAUACAGCAUUUCAUCUCAAAGUCGCUGCCUGUGGGGGUGCUCGCAUGAGAGAUAUAACCGCGACCGACACAAGAGGCACAUAGAAUACAUACUCAGCAGGCACGAACGCCAACGAAGACCUCGUCAUCCCUUGCGGGACCACCAAACUGUAUACCCAGACUACCACUAUCAGUCGUGGCGGAAUCCAUCAUGGAUCUGGGGCCAGAAGAGCUUCAGGCCGAACUUCCACGAGUUCCGGGGUAGACACAGACAGGAGCAUGACCAUGACUCUUGGGAAGACCAGGCGCAGAAGCGGAUGGAACGUAUUAGGAAGGAGAUAGAGGCUGAUCCAUACGCGGCCUUGUUUGGAAGAAGACUGGAACCGUUUGCUUCCAACUUUGGGGCCAGGUUUGAAAAUGGUUUCACUUCGCUGUGGCGGUCGUUGUUUGGUCUUGAUAAGCCGGAGAAUGACACGAAGAAUAAUAUUGGCAGAGCAAAGGAGGAUUCGAGGGGUUCUUCUGGUGGUGACAUGCGAGUUGCUGAAUCUGAAAGGGCAGAAAGUCAACCCCCGCCGGAGUCGACGGGUGCUGCGUUUGAAUUCGAUCCUGUCAGCGGUCGUAUGGUUCCCAAACGACCUGAAGACGAUUACGUUAUUGAAGGGCAAGCUGCGGCACAUGGAUCCUCCAAAGACCUUGAACCCCCGUCAUCAAAGAUAGCUGAAGAAAAGCCAUACGAUUACUCCGAAUCAGAUAUUGUCGGCAGCUCAAAUAAGGGAGACUCGACUAUACCUGAAAGUUCAGCUGUGCCCGAGGAUACAUCCGGAUUCAAUAUUACCCCUCAAGGUCCGGCCUCCGAAUUUGCCUCGCCUAAGAAGACCGUGGAUGACGUACCCCUUGAAGAGCCUCAAGGAGCUGCCCAUGCCGAACCGUUUCAGUUCAACCAAAGACCUGAAUACCGAAUGCUACCAGAUGACGAUAGCUACGGCGCUCUAUCAAAUGAUAAUAUCGUCCAACCAAGCCAGAUCCUCGGCGCAGAAAAGACCAUUUCCGAAAAGCCAGUAACUGAGCACCACAAGGAAAAAGGCCUCAACAGGGCGGGUUUCCUGUCCAGGCGUGAAAAUGAGCAUCUCACGUCUACAGCAACUGAUGCAAGAGAUGAGGAACUUGAUCAGUUGCGUGCCCAUGAUAUCCGAGCUGCCUAUGAGCCGAGAAGAUUAAGUAUCGAAUCAGAGCUCGAAGCCGAGACACCUAAGAAUACAGGCGAAUCUUCCACCGGUGCUGUGGAUGUUGAUAGCCACAAUAAGCCCGCGGAAAACCUGAAUGCCGACUCAUCGGCGCCACCUAGCGAGUGGUCCAUCAAUGCCGCUUUAAACCAACUAAGCGAACAAGCCCCAUAUAUAAGCCUCUCGCACAAGGAUGCACCAGCGACGCGUGAUACUUCAAAUGCGGAAGUAUAUCGCAUAUUUGCAUAUGAUCCAUCUUCACUUUCAGUGACAGAAGCCGAAACUACCUCAUCGCUUCAAACAUCAGGCGAGCUUCUACAUCCGGCUGAAGUGCUUACACGCUUGACGAACCCCGCCAGGUUCCUACCAUGUCUUAAACAAAUGCACGAGGAGGGAUACGAAAUUGUAUCAGGUGGAGGAGAUAUUCUUGUAUUUCGGAAGGUUCCUGAAACAAAAAGUUCAACCAUCGACGAUACUCAAAUCGAGGAUAUUCCAGAAACCCUCACUGAAGGACAUUCCGGUGAAGCGGCUGUGGCCCAACCCGCAGAUGAUGACUUUCAUACCGGAAAUUUGCCUUAUAAUCAAUCAUCUACCGAGAAAUCACAUUCAAAGAGCGCUCCAAAGUCUAAGGUUCGAAAAGUACUUCGGCGAAUGUUGAUUAGUGGUGCCGCCACAGCGGGUACAUGCUAUGCAAUAGGCGUUGUUACUGAGUAUUUCAGGACUGGAGGAGUGGACGGAUGGGGCAUUGAUGGGUUCACAGAAUUUGAGUCAGAAAGGCGCCAUAUGGAGCGCUGA